UACUCGUGUCAAUUGUGCAAAUUAAAAAAAACCUUGAGGGCAUCAACGUAAUUAAGAAAGACUGAAAUCAGAAAAAAAGGGAGUCGAUGGAAAUUUAGUGGAUUCAGUUCGAUUAGAGUCGCGGGGGCUUCUGUUCUAUCCUCUCACAAUCAUCAUCUACUCUUUCUCAAAGAUUUCUACAAAUUGAAGCAUAACCCUAAAAUAUAAACCUAUAUUUGUUCGAAAGGCAAAUUUUCUUUUCAUAAGAAAAAAAGAUGCAAGGAGGAGAAGAAGUAAGCAUCGAGGAGCUCGCUUCCAAUCUCUCCACUUACAAAGAACAGCUUCAUAACGUUAGACAACUGUUGGCUGAUGAUCCUCAUAAUUCUGAGUAUGUGGACAUGGAGAAGGAGCUUAAUGAGGUCAUUGCUCUGACGGAGGAACUCCUUGCAACUGCAAAGCAGAAUGAGAUAUCUGGAUCAGAUAUUGGGCCAGAAACAAGUGCAUCACCUGGUUUGCAUCAACCUAAGGAUUCAGUGGGAAUGUCUAGUGGACAUGAGAAGUUUCCUGUUGGUGCAAAAGUUCAAGCAGUAUGGAGUGAAGAUGGGGAUUGGUACGAUGCAACAAUAGAGGCUCUUACUCCAAAUGGGUAUUAUGUUUCCUAUGAUGGAUGGGGGAAUAAGGAAGAGGUUGAUCCUGCCAAUGUAAGACCGGUUGAGUUCAAUGCUUUACUGGAAGCUGAAAGAGAUGCUGAAGCUACAAAGCAAGCUAUCAAACGGAAGAUUGCACAAGCUGCUUUUGUUGAUUUCGAAUCACGAAGUUUGCCAUCAAAGCUUCGUAUAAAUGCUGAUGACCCAGAGGAUGUGAAAUCUGCCAAGCGUAAGAAAAUACAUGCCUUCAAGUCAAAGGUGCGUUUUGAGCAACUUGAAGUUGCACAAAAUAAGCGGCAAAAUGCAUGGCAGCAGUUCCAGACCACUAAAGGCAGCAGUAAAAAGGUUGGUUUCUUCUCAGGGCGCAAGCGAGAAAGCAUUUUUAAGUCCCCUGAUGACCCAAAUGGUAAGGUUGGUGUGACUGGAAGUGGCAAGGGCUUGACAGAGUUCCAGAAAAGGGAAAAGCACUUGCAUCUCAAAGGUGGAACUGUGGAGACUGAUGAUUAGACUUUUGAGUUUCGAUUAUUUUCAUAGUUCUUCAUAUGUAACUUGCUUCAUUAGUUAACUGAUGCAUUAGCAAGGUCACUAGUUAAAGGAGUCGAAUUGACAUCUAGUGUGCAUGGCAUAACUUUGUGAGAAUUUAUGUCACUUGCAAUGCCAUUUGCAGAUGUUCGGAUAUUACAACUUCUCUGUUAUGUCUACUGUUUCAUUUUUUUUUUUCAAGGUUUGGUGAUAGGGAUGUAUGAAUUCUGAGAGAAGAAUUUGAUUUCUCGAGUAUCCCCA